UCCCUUUCUCCCUUCUGUUUCAGAGAGCAGCAGAGCAGACAUGACAACCCAGAGCCUCGUCCGGCAGUUCUGCGACGAAACCACCUGCCCCAUUUGCCUGGAAUAUUUCAAAGACCCGGUGAUUCUGGACUGCGGGCACAAUUUUUGCAAAGCCUGCCUCAUCAGGUGCUGGAAAGAAACCCAAAGACCGGUAACCUGUCCCCAAUGCAGGCAAGUGAUACAGAGAAACAGCUUCAGGCCGAACCGGCAGCUGGCAAACGUGGUCGAAAUAGCCAAGAAGUUCACCCACCAGGUGGGGAGAACCGGUUGCGAGAGACAUGAGGAACCCCUGCACUUUUUCUGCAGGGCUUGCGCAGCCCCCAUCUGCAUCGUCUGCAAGAGGUCGAAUGAGCACAGCGAACACGAAGUGACUAAUCUGGACCAGGCUUCACGGUGGUUGAAGCAAAAAAUCCAGACCCAGAUGCAGUUUCUGGUGCAAGAGAGACGAGUGAUUGUGGAAUGGAAACUGGCUGAAGAAGAGAGGAUCCAGGCAUAUCCGGCGGAGAUAGAGGAGGAGAAGAACAAGAUCACGGGCGCUUUUGAGCAAAUGCACAACUUCCUGGAGGAGCUCCAGCGCUUUUGGCUGACCGAGCUGGAGGAUCUGGAGAAAGAGAUGAGGAAGAAAAAGGAAAGAAAUAUCGUCCGGCUCUCGGAGGAUAUUGCCGGUCUCAGCAACCUCAUCACAGACAUGGAGACGAAGUGCCAACUGCCCGCUAUUGAGUUCCUGAAGAGUAUCGGGACUACAGUGAUCAGGUUUCAGGAGUUGAAAAGAAGGCGGACACUGCUGGGAAUCACUCCAGGCAUGGAAGAGAGACUCAUAAGUUACACUCAGAAAAAUUCAGUUCUGAAGGAUACCAUGGAGAAAUGCAAAGGGCUACUGAUGCAGGCACCGAACAAAGUGAGUGUCACUCUGGAUCCAGGAACAGCACACCCCUUUCUUGUUAUAACCGAAGACCUGAAGUGUCUGAGAAGGAGAAGGGGAAGGCAGGACACGCUGGACAACCCUGGGAGAUUCGACAACAUGCUCUACGUGCUGGGCCAUGCAAAAUUCGCCACCGGAAGAUAUUGGUGGGAGGUGGUGGUGGAGGAGGAGGAGGAGGAGGAAAGGGAACGGGCCACCUGGGCCGUAGGGGUUGCAAGAGAGUCUGUCAGGCGCAAAGGCUUUGUCAGCAUGCUUCCUUCUGAGGGGAUCUGGGCCAUUGGGAAGGCAAAGGAUGAGUCAGCCUCAUCUGAUCCCUUCUGGGCUUCAACCCUCCCUGAGCGGACCCCUUUGAGCUUGAGCUAUGAGCCCAGGAAGAUCCGGGUGUCCCUAGACUAUGAUGAGGGCCGUGUGGAAUUCUAUGAUGCCCACACCAAUGACUUGAUCUUCAAUUUCCAACAAGCCUCAUUCUCUGGGGAGAAGGUCCAGCCCUUUUUCCAUGUUUGGUGGGGAGUUGGUCUGAAGUGUUGAGUCAUGAGGACGAUCCUCACUGCUCGCAGCUCUACCACCCCCCACCCUGAGAGGAGGUGACAGCCUAGCAUUUCCUCUGCAGUGUUAUGAGUUUGUGGGUGCCAGACACCCUAAAUUUCUGGAUCCAGUAAAUGUUAGAAUUUAAUCUGUGUGUGGUGUGUUAGAACUGGAUGCCAGGCAGUAGGUUUAGCAAGCAUUAAAAUAUAAGCCAGGCCGGCUUCCCCGUGUCAGGAAAGUGCCUGGGAGAUGAGCCAUGGCUCCCACACUAGCUCUACCACCCCCACCCUGAGGGGAGUUGACAGCCUAGCAUUUUCUCUGCAGUGUUAUGAGUUUGUGGGUGCCAGACACCCUAAAUUUCUGGAUCCAGUAAAUGUUACAAUUUAAUCUAUGUGUGGUGUGUUAGAACUGGAUGCCAGGCAGUAGGUUUAGCAAGCAUUAAAAUAUAAGCCAGGCCAGCUUCCCCGUGUCAAGAAAGUGCCUGGGAGACGAGCCAUGGCUCCCACACCAUUAUUUUUCUACUUUAUUUUGUGCAACUGAAAAACUUUAAAAUAUUAAUAAUAAAAGAACUACAUGGUGAAAGGAAGAAAAGAAGGAAGGAAUGGGCCAUUAAGAAAAAUGAAGGAGAAUGGGAUUCUGGACCAGAUAGCUGUUGGGUGGGGCCCCUCCUCCAGUUCUGAGUUAGUUCAGAAAACAAAGCAUAGUUUGAAAGGAGAGUCUUUAGAAUUGGCGACCUAGGGGGAAGAGGUUGUAGUCUGGUAAAGGCGGCAAGCUGGGGAGCGGAUCAGAGCACGAUGGUUGAUGUUAUUUUGAAUCCUAAGCUGCAGCUAUGGAAGAGUUUGUUUUUUU